AUGUGCUUACUGCCUCCAUGUGCCUCCCAUGUGCUUACUGCCUCCCAUGUGCUUACUUGCCUCCCAUGUGCUUACUGCCUCCCAUGUGCCUUACUGCCUCCCAUUGUGCUUACUGCCUCCCAUGUGCUACUGACUCCCAUGUGCUUACUGCCUCCAUGUGCUUACUGCCUCCCAUGUGCUUACUGCUCCCAUGUGCUUACUGCUCCCAUGUGCUUACUGCCUCCCAUGUGCCUUACUGCCUCCCAUGUGCUUACUGCCUCCCAUGGUGCUUACUGCCUCCCAUGUGCUUACUGCCUCCCAUGUGCUUACUGCCUCCCAUGUGCUUACUGCCUCCCAUGUGCUUACUGCCUCCCAUGUGCUUACUGCCUCCAUUGCCUCCCAUGUGCUUACUGCCUCCCAUGUGCUUACUGCCUCCCAUGUGCUUACUGCCUCCAUGUGCUUACUGCCUCCCAUGUGCUUACUGCCUCCCAUGUGCUUACUGCCUCCCAUGUGCUUACUGCCUCCCAUGUGCUUACUGCCUCCCAUGUGCUUACAUGA